CUCAGAGCGCGAGACAGACAGCAGCCCACAGCUUCAAUAAAAGUCGUUUUUUUUUUCCUUCCCCUUUCCUCCUGAGCGGAGAGCACAAUUCACUGCGUGAAAACUAAAGACUAUAAGGCGAUACCCACACUCAAUAGCCGCCCCAACAACUCAUGAAAAUGCUUUGGAAAUUAACUGAUAACAUUAAAUAUGAAGACUGCGAGGACCGUCACGACGGCACCAGCAACGGGACAGCCAGGCUACCUCAGCUGGGCGGCGUGGGCCAGAGUCCCUACACGAGCGCGCCGCCGCUCUCCCACACGCCAAACUCGGACUUCCAGCCCCCGUACUUCCCCCCGCCCUACCAGCCCAUCUACCCGCAGUCUCAGGACCCGUACUCGCACGUCAACGACCCGUACUCCCUCAACUCCCUGCACGCCCAGCCCCAGUCCCAGCACCCGGGCUGGCCGGGCCAGCGGCAGGGCCAGGAGAGCGGCCUGCUGCACCAGCACCGCGGCCUGCCCCACCAGCUGUGCCGGGAGUACCGCCGCGAGGUGCUCCUACCGUCCGGCCACGGCAUCGAAUCCGGACUGUCGGACUCUAUCCCUAUCCAUGGAAUACCUCACUCUUUAGAAGAUGUCCAGCCAGUCGAGGAUCAAGGAAUUCACAUUCCCGACCAGACUGUAAUUAAAAAAGGUCCAGUGUCUUUAUCCAAGAACAACAGCGUCUCCAUCCCCGUAAAUAAGGACGGUCUUUUCGGAGGGGUGGUCAACCCCAACGAGGUGUUCUGCUCGGUGCCCGGCCGCCUGUCCCUGCUCAGCUCCACAUCCAAAUACAAAGUCACGGUGGCCGAGGUGCAGAGACGCCUGUCGCCGCCCGAGUGCCUGAACGCCUCUCUGCUGGGCGGGGUGCUGAGGAGAGCCAAGUCCAAGAACGGAGGAAGAUCCUUGCGGGAGAAGCUGGAUAAAAUCGGCUUGAAUCUACCUGCAGGCAGACGCAAGGCAGCCAACGUCACCUUGCUGACGUCACUAGUCGAAGGCGAAGCGGUGCAUCUUGCCAGAGACUUCGGUUAUGUGUGCGAGACCGAGUUUCCAGCCAAGGCAGUAGCCGAAUAUGUAAACCGUCAGCAUUCCGACCCAAACGAGCAAGUCCAAAGAAAAAACAUGCUAUUGGCCACGAAGCAAGUCUGCAAAGAGUUUACAGACCUGCUGUCCCAGGACCGCUCGCCUCUGGGAAACUCGCGGCCGCAGCCCAUUCUCGAACCGGGAAUCCAAAGCUGUUUGACCCACUUCAGUCUAAUCUCUCACGGUUUCGGGACCCCAGCACUGUGUGCGGCCGUCACGGCUCUGCAGAACUAUCUGACCGAGGCUAUCAAAGCCAUGGACAAAAUGUACCUCAACAACAACCCCAACAGUCACUCAGAUAACGGCACUAAAGGCGGAGACAAAGACGAGAAGCACAGAAAGUGAUGUUUUCCCUCCCACCUAUACUACACCUGAGGGCCGAAUCCCGGGGCCCUCCUCCUGCACCGACCCACGCCCCUCGUCCCGGGCCCCUACUCAUCCAAUAUAAAUAUUAUAAAUACCUUAUAAAUAUUAUUGAUAAAGUUAAACGUGCCACUUCCUGAUCUUGCGCGAUUUCCCGUGUUUUUUUUUUGUUUUGUUUUUUUG